AUGCCCGAUUCUCUUCGACUCCACCUUCUUCGUGUUGCCUCGUUUUCAACUCUACGACUUCGAUCCCAUCCCUGCAAUAACGAUGAACGACAAACCUUGAGAGAUAACUUUAGCACGUUGAUUGGUCAAGAAACAGAUCACGUGGUUGGCGAACGAAAGAGUAAUGAACCAAUCGGUGGGCUGCCUCGUUUGAUUCGUCUCCGCAAACAAAAUAUACGCCGUUUGCUCUCUUUCUGUCUCCUGUUUUCGCUCUUUAUAAUUUCUUUCUCUCUCUGCACCCCGCUUCUCUCUUAUGCAUUUUUUUCUCAACAUCACUCUCUUUCCCUUUCUGUCUUAUUUUCUAUUAAUCUCUCCAUCCUUCCAUUCCCUUUUCUCUCUCUCUCUCUAUUUCUACUUCUGCAUUUACUUUCUCUAUCUCCCCGUACUUUUUUAUUUCUUUCUACUUUAUCUUCACCUAUUUUGCACUUACCCUCUCUCUAUCUCCUUCCCCCCCUCUCUCUCUCCCACAGACACGCACACACUAUUUCAUUCCGUCUUCAUUUUCUCCCUACACAUAUUUUCUCUCCAUCUAUAUUCCCUCCAUCUCUCUCUCUCUCUCUCUCUGUCUGUCUCCAUUAUAUUUUUUCUACUCUUUUACUCUCCAUCUUUUCCCCCCUUGUCUCUCCUCUCUCUUUCUCUCCUCCUUUUCUUCCUUCUUUCUCAUUUCUCUCUUUCUCUUCAUGUUCUUUACUCUCCACCUCUAUCUUUUCUAGUUCCUUUUCUCUUUCCGUCUCUCCUUCUCUUUCGCUUUUCUUCAUGUAUUCCUUCUUUCUUACUUUAUCCUUAUACCUAAUUUUUCUUUCUUUUUCUUCGUCUUCUUUUUUCUCUCUCCUUUAUCUUCACACCGUCUUUUUUCUCUUUCAUUCUCUCUUUUUUUCUUACUCACUUUUAAACGAGACUUGGCAAAUAUUGCUGGAUGAUGUAUUUAAUGAUUUAAUUUUAUUGAUACACGUGGCCGUAAAAAAUCAAUCUAUUUUCCUUCGAUCUUUUAUUUUUUUCUCUUUAAUCUCUCUCUGUCUCUCUCUCUCUCUUACUGUCUCUGUCUCUCUCCUGUCUCUCUGUCUGUCUCUGUCUCUGUCUGUCUGUCUCUCUCCCCCUCUCUGUCUCACUUUCUAUAUAUAUCUAUCUGUCUCUCUCUGUCAGAAAGACAGACAGUUUUUAGUUUUUCUCUUCUUUAAUCUCUCUGUCUCUGUCUCCCUGUCUGUCUGUCUCUCUCUCUCUCUGUCUUUUUUCUCUUCUUUAAUCUCUCAUUCUCUCUCUGUCUCUGUCUCUCUCUCCCUGUUUCUCUCUCUGCCUCUAUCUCUCUCCCUCCCUGUCUUUCUCUCUCCGCCUCUGACCCUCGCUCUGUCCCUCUCUCUCUCUCUCUCUCUCUCUGUGAUCUUUGUUGGGGUUUGUUUUUUUUGUUGUUGUGUUGUUUGUUUGUUUUUGUUUUUUUUGUUUUGUUUUUUUCUCACCGUCUCUCUUUCAUUUCUCUCUCUUGUUGUCUUAUUUUCUCCCCCUACGUUAUCUUUUCUAACCCUUCCUUCCCUCUUUUCCUUUCUAUAUAUUCUUUAUUUUUCCGUCUCCCCUUUUCUCUCUUUCACUCUAUCUCUACUUUUCCUUUUGCUUUCUCUUUCUGCCCGUGUUCUUUCCUCCCUACUUCACUUAUUUUGCACUCACCCUCUCUCAAUCUCCUUUUCUCUCUCUUUCUCUCUCUCUCUCUCUCUCUCUCUAUCUUUCUCACACUUUCAUUCCGUUUACAUUUUCUCCCUACACAAAGACUUUCUCUCCGUUUUGCUCAAUCUUUCUCAACCCCGCCCUUUCACACUUUAUUCCUUGUCUCUAUCAUAUUGCCUUUUCUCCUUCACGUUUACUAUCUCUCUAUCUUUGUAUUUUUCUUUCCCUUUUCCUUUUCUCUAUUCUCUGUCUAUUUUUCUCCGUCUUCCGGAAACCCUUCUCUCUCUUUUUCUUUGUCAGAAAAAUAUUUUCUAUUCAUAUAACCCUUCAAUCUCUCUCUCUCUCUCUCUCUCUCUCUCUCUCUCUCUCUGUUUUCCCAAUCAAAUUCCCACUCUUUCACUCAAACCAACACCUGUUGCAUCUUCCUGUUUCAAAAUAUUCACUUAUCUGUACACCCCUGACAGAGGGAACAAAGAUAGGCCCUUAAUUUGCUUACAAUUGUGA